GCUAGGAACUUAAUUGUUGUCAGUGUGUUUCAUAGGGAAUCUAAACACGAAAGAACCUCUAUUUGUUCGAGUGUUUGGUGAGAGCAUGCGUGGUAAAUGUGGUUACUGCUUUUACGAACGGCUUCGCACACGGACAUAAACCGAGGAAUCUCCUCGCAGGCUGUUUCACGAUCACCGCAACAACAUGGCGUCCACGUUAGAGUUUAGGACCAUUGUGGACCAGUCCUGCAGGUACUCGGAGGAGUUUGUCAAUAUAUACUACGACUACAUGGACAAAAAGCGGAGGCACCUGACGCGGCUGUACCUGGACAAGGCGACCCUGGUGUGGAACGGCAACGCGGUGUCCGGCCAGGACGCGCUCGGCGAGUUCUUCGAGUCUCUCCCAUCCAGCGAGUUCCAGGUGCACACGUUGGACUGCCAGCCGGUGCACGAACAAGCAACUCAAGGACAAACGACUCUGCUGGUGGUCACUGGAGGGUCAGUAAAAUUUGAUGGGAAUAAACAACGCUAUUUCAACCAGAACUUUCUUUUGACCGCCCAAGCUUCUCCCACAAGCGACCAGCCUGUGUGGAAAAUUGCAAGCGACUGCUUCCGAUUCCAAGACUGGGCCAGCUGAAGAGGAGGCGUUUUUGGAAUCUGGAACUUUCUGGAAAUAGGAUCAUUUGUGGAAUAGCUGUAAAGCCAAGGCAUUGAUGUACAUGAUCAGGAUUUUAAAUCUUGUUGUGAAUAAAUAAAAUGUAUUUGAAUAAAUAAAACU